AUGUCUUGGAAUUACGAAGACCCAAAUAGUUGGUAUAAAACUUACCCAUCUGCAAGUGGAAAUCGCCAAUCACCAAUUAACCUCGAUACUAGCGAAGAAGUAUUUGAUCACAAACUGGUCGAGCGUCCGUUAGAUAUCGACUAUGUUUGCUGUGAGAAAGGCGAAUUAUCCAACACAGGCCAUAGUUUCAUGGUUUCUACUGGAAAAAAUUGCGUUAUCCGAGGAGGACCAUUGGGAGAACACGAGUACGAAUUGGUACAAUUUCAUGCCCAUUGGGGUGACGAUAAUGAUCAUGGAUCUGAGCAUGAUGUCGAUCAUACUCCAUUUCCUAUGGAGAUACAUUUCGUACACUGGAACAAAACGCUGUAUAAAGACGCUGCAGAGGCAACCAAAUCUCCGGACGGAUUAGCAGUUGUUGGAAUUUUUGCAACUGUUGGAAAAGAAAACUACCAAUUAAAAAAUGUAACCUCUGAACUGUGUCAUAUACGCAGUGCGGAAAGUAAACCGGUCACCAUUGAUGUUAUUCACCCUAUUGAUAUUUUGCCAGAUAGAGAAGAUCUCUGCGAUUAUUGGACAUAUCCAGGCUCAUUAACAACUCCACCAUGUACCGAAAAUGUAACUUGGAUUAUGCUUCGCCACCCAAUUGAAAUUUCUGAAGAACAGCUACUUGAAAUCCGCAGCCUGGAAUGUCAUGAAGGUGGAGAAAUGGUUAACAACUUCAGACCAGUCCAGGCACUACAUGGUCGUGAAAUUAGGACAACAUUCGAAUGAAUUUAUUAAUUAUUUUACAAACUUACGCGGCUCAAAAAACCCGAAGAAUAUUCCGAAAAUGUCCCAUAUCUUCAUUCGGAAUACCAGCAAAU